UUGGCCUACACCUGCUGCAAGUGCGACACGCGCAACCUCGUGUCCGUGAGCCGCGUCGCCUGGACCACGGGCCUCGUCAUCGGCAAGUGCCGCGGCUGCGACGCCAAGCACAUGCUCGCGGACAACGGCGGCCUCACGGACGAGACCAACUCGUCGCGGUUCUCGAACGUCGUCAACGCCGCGAUCGCCAAGGGCGAGGCCGUGGGGCGCCUG